AUGGCCGUCACGACUGCCGACGAAAGUCUAUUCGUGAUAGACGCCGUUGCGCUUCGUGUCGGUUUCUUCUCGCUUGUGCUGGUAUACAACGUUGCUACGGUGGUGUACAACCUAUGGCUCUCUCCCCUUGCUUCUAUCCCUGGGCCGUGGUACGCUGCCGCUUCGGACGCAUGGUUUCUCUUCCAGUCCGCCCGGCUCGCCAAGUGCGGCGCCCUGCACCAGCUAUUCGAGCGGUACGGGCCCGUCGUACGCGUUGGGCCCCGCAAGGUCGUUUUCCUCGACGAGCGCGCGGCGCGGACCGUGUACUGCGUCAACAAGCUAGAGAAGAGCGCGUUCUACAAGAUGCUCGUCAUAGAGGACCAAGACCAUUCAAUGACAAUGCUUUCCGAGGCGGACCACUCGGCAAGGCGGAAGACGUACGCCGCGCACUACUCGCCGUCAAAUGUCCCCAAGUUCCAGUCUGAAGUUUACGACUGUGUCGCUCGUCUAGUCGACGCAUUAGAGAAAUGUUCGACUACCGGGUCUGUUGAUGCGAUUCACCUCCUUCGCCAUCUACUUGUGGACGUCUUGGCCAUCACCAUUGUCGGAUCCAACCCAACAGCGCUGAAGAACUGGGCAUCCGCCGGCGACGACCCCAUCGCCACAGCGGCGCGCGAUGUACCUCUGCGGGCAAUUUUCCGCGCGAUUAUGCCGACGUGGUUGUGGAGAUGUUGUGCAUACUUCCCUAGCUCACGAUGGCGGGCCCUGUAUCGUUCUGAAACCGUUCUUGCGGCGUAUGUGCGCGACAGCCUCGAGGAGCUGCAUCGGAAGCAGCGCAGUGAAGGGACCUUCGACGGGCCCGUCCCACUCAUGCCGCGGUUGCUCUCCCAGAGGACGCCCAAGGUAUACAAUUUUCUUUCAGAUCAAGAAUUGGUGUCCGAAUGUGUGUCCCACUUAACCGCUGGAGUAGACGCGUCCUCGACGACGUUCGGGUUCAUGCUCUGGGAGCUCUCGCGGCGUCCCGACAUCGUAGUAAAGCUCCGGUGCGAGCUGGACGGGAUCGCGCAUGACAGACACACGCUCCCCGACUACGCGGUCCUACAGAAACAGCCGUACCUCUCCGCGUUCCUCAACGAAGGUCUCCGGAUGUACGGCGCGGUGUCAUCCAUGCUUGAACGCGUCGUGCCCGCGCGUGAGGACGCCUUCGACCUCAUGGGCCACGCGCUCCCGCCCGGAACCGUGGUCGGCACGCAGGCGUGGAGCAUGCAUCGAGACCCCACUGUUUUCCCCAGCCCGGAGUGCUUUGAUCCAGACCGGUGGCUCCCCGCGCCCCAGCGCGCGGACGACGACGUGCGCGUGGCGAGAAUGCAGCAGCAUCUUAUGCCCUUCGGCGCGGGCACGCGUGUGUGCCCGGGACGGUACCAGGCGCUACUCCUCGCGCGCGCGACGAUAUCAGCGCUUGUGCUCAACUUCGACGUCUCUGCGGACGCGCGCGAGACGAACGCGGCGACGAUGGCGCCGCGCGACACCUUCGUGGUGCGCCCGGCGGCGAUGGAGUGCAAGCUUACAUUCACUCCUCGUGGACCGUGA